CGAGUGAGACUUAUUAUUUUUCGGUGGAAAAUCUGUUCACGCUUUUUCUUUUGUGGACAUCUGUUCUUGUCCAAUUUUGCAAGGAGAGUCGAUAACCCAACAGUGCUAGCUACUUUCUGGACCUCUUGAACUGUAUAGGAGUUUUAUAAUUGACAAUUAUUGAAAUAGGUAAGUUUUCAUCAUGGACGACGAAGGUUUCAGUUAUGGCGACAUGCACAAAAUCGUGCUGCAAGGGAUUAUGUCGGCUGGAUUUCUGGAUGCUCGCGGAGUCAAAAAUUUGUUCAAGGGGGCUUGUAAUGCGCUAAAUUUGGACGAGGAGCAGCGAACCUCAAUGCAAGCUGUGCAAAAGGUUGUGCGAGAAAUUAACGAGAAAAUCAAGCCAUAUGACAUGGCGAUUAGGUCAGCAUCUUGUGAACUUACGGGGAAAAAGUUUUACGUCUUUUUGAUCACGGUGGAAAAACCGAUUAUGAAAAUGCAAACCCUGUUCUCAAAAGGAGAAUUGGAAUUAUUUCAAAAGAUUAUGACCGCAGUUCUCCGUAAGUACGAUCAUUUCGCUGUACCGGUCAUGGAUUGCAACAAUAUGGCUCGAGAAAUUGACGCUCGCAACUUUUCCAUUGAAAUGGCUGAAGCAUUUGUGCAAAAAAUGAUAGCGUUGCAGUACUUUGCUAAAUAUUACUUGGAUCCAAAGGGACCAGAGUAUGAAAUUACGAUUGGAAUUCGUACUAUUCGCGAGUUUGAACCCAUCCUUAGAGAAGUUUAUGACGAUGUGAUGACCAAUUGCCAUCUCUGCAAGAUGAUUAUGCUUCACGGACAUCAGUGUCCAAAGUGCAGCCUGUUUGUACACAAGGCUUGUCUUGAGAAGUAUAUAAAAACCUGCAAAACAUGUCCAGGCUGUAAGACCGGUUGGACAGAGAAGAACAUGGUGAAGCGAGUCCGUCAAGCACAAGGGGACGAGACACCGGACACUCCUCGUCCAGAGAAGGAGAACACACCAUCUACUUCAAGGGGUUCCGGUCGGCGUCAGCAGGCUUCUCCACAAUCGAAGCAAAAAAGCCAGCCAGAAAUGCCCGUUUUGCAGCCAAUGGUCGCAGGCAAACGAGGGUCAAGAUCGAAAGUGAAGUCCCCCUCGCCACAGGCCUCCUCCACCAGCAAAGGAGGAAAUAAAGGCGCUACAAAGAACACAUCUCCGACACCCUCUAAAGGUUCUGCUGCUACGAAGGGACGUGGAGGUAGGCGAAAAAAGAAAGCAGCCGCCUUGCCAUCCUCAUCCGAAGAGGACUCCGAUUAGGGCAAAUCUCCCUGGUUAAUGGCAUUAGCUACGAUGUUAUGAGUCUAUUACUUAAUUCUACAAUCUUCUAUUUUCAAAUAGCUUCAAAGCCAUGUUGCUUUUUCAUAUCGUAAUCUUCUAGUUAUACUAUUGUCAAAAUGUCAACAUACUUAAUAUAUUUUUUAUUAAGACUUUCAUAAUUUUGUACUUUCAAACAGCAGUAUUAUUAUUAACUUGACCAUCAAUAAAAUACACGCAAGUUAUCAUUGUA